UUUCCAAAUGGUCAGAGUAGGCAACUCUCAAAAAACAGAAACAGACAAGUCAACAGAAAGGAAAAUACAGUAAACAUUCAUCUCGGGUUCUCUGCAUCUCCAAAGUGGAAUAUAUCUGAGGACCAAGGACCAACGACUAUAGAAUGCCGAGCCGUCUCAACCAACAGCAUGCGGCUUAUGCCCAACGCAUGGAGCAGGAGAACAGCCGGGUGCAGGCCAUCAAGGCGGUGAACAGCUACUACGACCACUGGGGCAAGGUGACCUCCCGGUUCGAGAACUGGACCAACAAGGAGUACUACGAGAAGGCGGACCAGCGGCUCCAGACCCGCCGCGAGCAAUCCGAGAAGCAGGCGGCCCUCAGCGAACGCCAGACCCGACUUCGCCGGCUCCUGGAGUCUGAAAGCGAGGCAUACGACAGCGAGAUGGAGCGGCGUCGCAGGCCGAGAGAGCCCGGCGGCGGAGAUUUUCAGAUGCUUGGACGGGUCAACCAGUCCCUCAAGGAGCAGGAGCAGCUGCGACGCAAGCUGGAGAUGGAGGCCAAGCUUUACGGCCGCUGGCGUCAUGGCGUAGACGAUGAGAAGCUGCUCUACCAGUCCAAGUCCGACAACGAGGUGCUGGCCAAGUUGAACUGGCUGGACCGUCAGAUCGAGGGUCAGCAGCAGCGGGAGGAGCAACAGGCCCUGGCGGCCGAACGGAAGUUGCAGCUCCAGCAGGAGGUCCACCGCACGGAGCAGGCUCACAAGGAACUCCAGCAGGUCCGCGAGCAGCAGAUUCGUGAGCUUCGUGCCCUCCAGGAAACACACAUGUCGGAGCUACGAGACCGUCAAGUGGAAGCCGACCGGCUGAAGGAGGAAGAGCAGCAUUUCAAGCUGUUUCUCAGCGAGCUGGAGAAGGAGAAGCAGCUGCUGGAGGAGAGCACCGCAUUGGUGCUACAGCGUCCUGAUGCGGGGCACGCCUUCAACCUGAAGAAGAUCAAGGUGUUCAUCCGGCAGCGCAGCGAAGCCACCCGCAAACAAAUGUCCUUGUGCAUUAAUCUUCUCCAGCGCAUGUCCAAAUACGUGAUUAAGAAAGAGAAGCUCCAAGACCUCUUGAAGAAGUACCGCACCCAGAUGGAGGACGAGGAACUGGCGUGCGUGCAAAUCGAGACCAUGUACGAGUCGGAGGCCAAGUACAAUCUGCAGCGCUGCGAGGACGCGUGGCGGGAGCAGCACAUGCAGCGCUACACCGAACUGAGUGAGCUCAUUGACCAGGAAACGACGGCUCUGGGUGGGCUGCUCCAGGAGAACGUUAACCAGCAGCAGACGGUGUUGGAGCUGCGGAGCCAGCACCUCACCGGCAUCGAGCAGGCUAACAAGCAGCUGGAGCAGCUCAGCCAGGAGCCCAUCGAAGUGCCAUCGCUUUCCUCCGCUUUCGAUGAGUCAGAAUCCCAAACUGCUUUUGCUGCGGAGGACGUUUCUGUCGGUGCGGAAGUGGAACGCAAGGUGAGCGACUCGUUCUCGAACCUCAAUCUGGACGUGUGGCAGGAUCUGCCUCCGGCCCGGGGUGGGCCCGACUCGCCACGCCUUAGCAAGACUCGCUCCCUGAACGUGGUCACCCCCCAGACGGCCGCUCCGCCGAAGUUCGCCCGCAAGCGAGUGGCCUGGACCUAAAAUUGCCUCAACUUAAUAACGUUCCAGCUUAAAUUUCAAUGGUAUUAUUAGCCCUAGCUCUAGGUUAGCCCCCGUUUUAGUCAUAGUUCAACAUUCGUGCCCGCCACACACGCACCUCCCAGACACACCCUCGUUCCACCCACCACACAACACCGUUCUGUGCACUUGUAGUCGAUAAGGCUGAUAGAUUGGCGCUCCCCUCGAGGUGGGGCCGGCAAUAAAUCACUCAAUUUGUGGGCCAGAA